CUGAACGCGAGUGACGCCGGCACCGCUGCUGAACCGGAGACAAGUUGCUGCCGGUGCACACCCCCUCCCCUUCACUGAGAGAAGCGAAAACGAGUAACAUCAAAAGGGGGCACACACACACACGAUAGGAGACACAAGAAGAGGAUUGCAGAAGAAAGCAAAUAAAGGAUCACACUAUACCGGCAAACAGUGCCUGCUGUAGCCGCACACACGCACGUACGCGCGCACACACCGUCACGCUGCGGGAUCAAUGAGUGUAAAGAGAGACACCGGUGCGUAAAGUUGACGAGUUGGCCUGCACGUCUCCCCCUCCCAUUGUCAACAUCAUUACUGCUGUGCUCCCGAGCUCUCGGCUCCAGAGUGGAUUUCAGAACCCGACCGUACAGUCUUUGUCUGCGGAUGAGCGAGGCUCGUUGUAUGGUGCGGUCACCAGCGGAGACACUGGAACAGACGAGCCACCUGCGUGUGGAUGACAUGGAUUUGCUUUUGCUACAGCGCAAACUUGCCGCGGUUUUUUAAAAAAAAAAUAUAUAUAUAUAUGUAUAUUUUUUUGACUGUUUGAGUGUUUUUCAUUUGAUUUUAUUUAUUGCAAACAUUCUUCGAUUUACUAUUAAACGACCGCUGAGAUUUCAAGACUCAUCGUGCGGAAUUACAACCAUGAACUUUGUUGUCACUUUGGUACAAAUCCUUUUGGCAGCGGUUCUUCAUCUACCCUCAGUAAAGACUGCCAGCAUUAACAAGGGAGUGGAGAAGAGUAAAAAUGAGGUCAUCUCUCUCGAGAAAGUCAUCACCAAGAGUAUGUGUCAGCCCAGGGAGGUGCUGGUGGACAUCUUCCAUGAGUAUCCAGAGGACACAGAACACACUUAUAUCCCUUCCUGCGUGGUUCUUAACCGCUGUGGAGGGUGCUGCAACGACGAAGCAAUGGAGUGUGUACCCACAGAAUCCAGCAACGUCACAUUGCAGGUAAUGCGGUUUAGACCACUGGUAACGCAACAUACUAUCCACCUAAGUUUCACAGAGCAUAAAAAAUGUGAAUGCAGAAUGAAGUCAGACAUUCAAGCAAAGAAAGAAUACCACUGUGCUCCUUGCUCAGAGAGAAGAAAGCGCUUGUUUGUGCAGGACCCUCUCACCUGUAAAUGUUCCUGCAAAUUCACACACUUAGACUGCCAGUCCAGGCAACUUGAAUUAAACGAAAGAACUUGCAGAUGUGACAAACCGAGGAGAUGAGACCAGCAACACUGUUAUGAAGGAAUUCUUUUCUUGGCACAGCACUUUGAAACCUGAGGAUGCAUUCCCUGCAAGGACACGAAAUGACAACGCAAGACAGGACAUUCUGGAUGCAGAUCUUGCCACAGUCUAUUUUCCACCUAAAGAUGUUAAUAUAUAUGUACAUAUACAAUAAGUACAUCGACAAUGUGUAUUGCUGCUACAUAAAAAGACACUAUUUAAAGAGAAACGAGUGCGCCACCGGCGUGUGAAUGGGAAAUGUUUCAGUGGCGUUCUGCCCAUGGGUAGAACUGGUACAAGAGAUCUUUUAUUUUAUGUAUCACUUCACUGGAUGCUGGUCUGCUGUGGAUAUGAAUAUCGUAAUAUUUCUAAGUAAGAAAAACUGGUAACUUCAUUGAGCGGUGCAGUAGAAGCCAAACCCGCCUCUGAAACCUGACAGAAUAGUCUGAGAACAGACAGAGGGAGGACAAGGAGGUGGAGGUGGAGGAACGCCUGUUGUACUUGAACUAAAUGGCAGGUCCAAGAACUGUUUCCCUCUGUGACAUGAUGUGAAGAAUCCAGCUGGUGUGAGAAAACACCUAAAAAAGUCUCUCAGAGUUUCCUGAAGUGACUGUGGACACAGGUUACAUAACGCGGUGAUGGAUAAUGUGAAGAUGACCUUCUUUCCUCGUGGAAGGGUUAUGCGACGAUGGCAAGAACUGGACUAAAGGCUCGCUAAUGGUGAAGUUUUGCCGAGUAAAAAGAUGUUUGGUUUGGGUUAGGGUUGGGCCUAUCCUUCAGUGUGGGCAGUUUAAUGUUGGAGCAAAGUUUCUUUCAGGGUUAAAGGUAACAGACCACUACCUGUUUUUGGUCCUGAGUCCUUCAAGUAACCCUUCCUUGGCGGGAAAACAGAUGUUAUUCUUCUUUUUGUGCACAGAGUUUAUUUACAUUUUGAGGUAUAUUGUUCCUUUCACCAAAUGUCUUGAGACCAGGCUGUCUAAAGGGAUAUUGCUGUAGGUAAAUACGGAGACAAGUAGUAACUAAAUGAGCUGAUGAGCUGCAAGUUCAGAUCAGCAUCUCACUGUAUAAACCCACAACCUUCCUUAUUUCCUUAUUUAAUGGCUCUGUGUGUUCCAAAGAAAUAGGCAGGCAUCCACAACAGAGCAGUUUAUCAUAAACGAUCUGUAUAUACUUACAAGAUAUCCCUUUGUCUAGCACACUACAUCUAAUUUAUAGAAUAUGUUCAGUAUUCUGUGCUCUGAUAUUUAUAUACAGUGUUAUAGUUGUUUUUGUUUGUAUUCCUCAACUGUUCUCAAUCUGUCCAGAGAUUGAAUGGAGAACACGUGUGACUGUAGGCUCCUUUUCUGUGGGAAAAAGGACUGAUAGACAAAGCUUUGACAUUCCUGAUUUCAACUAAAGCUGUGUUACUCACCAGCCGGAGGGGGAUCAUGGUGGGCCUGUUGACCGAUAGAAACCCCAGCCUGCGAAAUAUGCGUGCCUGAUGCGCCAACACAGGUGUUUUUCAUUUUGGACUGGGGUGGUGGACAUGUGGUUUUGCACUUGUGGGCCGAGGACACGUCAUAUGGAGGACUGGAGGAGUCUCGUUGCUGCUGCUCAGCUCGAUUUGAAUUUACUGAAGACUGUCCAAUCAGAGUGACCCCUCUAGUCUCAGCGGUGGUGGUAGGCGGCACAGAUUUUUCUGACUUCGACCCAGGCGCUAACAUAAUGUCCUCACUCAUUAGUCAUGCCCUUGAGAUAGUAACACAUGGACAGGAAUUAAUCAUUUGUGCUCGUGAAUUAAUAACUAGUGUGCCUAAAUGAAGAGUUUUUUUUUUUUUUUUUUUUUACCCCUAUCCUUAAAUGAAACAAUCAUGGAAAAUACUAUGAAGGAAUAUCAAAGGUAACAUUUUAUUAAUGUCUAAAACCUUGAAUGCAGGAAGUUCAUGUAUUUCAGUCAAGUACAGCAGCCUGGGCAGCGGCCUUAAGCUUCUAACUUUGAUGCUCUGCUUUCUCCUUGGGCUUCCUUCUUGUAAGUGAAUUGCUCCAUGGUCAAGAUAGCAGUAGAACAUAUUAUGACAUAUUAUGACUUUUGGACUGUUAUUGACACUUUCAAUAUGUCACAUUGUGGUAAGGUUUAGGAAAAUAUUUUUUUUAGUUUUUUUGCACAACUUAAAUAAAUACAAAAAUAACAAGGUUAACAAACAUUAUACAGUGCAGGAAGAGACAGAAAACCCAGAAGGGUUAUCUGAAGCCUUCUCUUAAUUAAUAUUAAUAUAUCACAGAAUUAUAGAAAACGUAAUUGAAAUACAAAGUUACGUAAUGUGAAUAUUUGAUUUGAGAGUACAAGCUGCUAGGUCACAAUUCGAAUCAUUCUACAUUCUGUUUGCUCCACACAGCAGUGUGUGUGCAACCAGCAGCCUCAGCUGGCCAACAGAGUAAACAUGGAGUGCCGAACAACACCCAGUGUCAACUGCAUGUCACUGUGAGUGUUGACUGUACUUAGAUAAGUGAAGUGAAUGACUUAAUGAUAUCAAUUUAAAGUGAAUUAAGUCAGUUAGAAAAAGGCACAUCGGCACCAAAAUACUAACUGAGCACCCACAACAACCCGAUUAAAAGGGUUGAACUGCUAAAUGUUCAAAUGUAUACGGAUGUAUAGACAGAUCAGUCUAGAUUUGAGUGUUUUUCCCCAACAGUGACACAUUUCCCUAUCAAGCAUGCUACCUGUGUUCCUGUUAGUGCCAGCUGUACCACUGCCUUCAUGUGAACCGACCUUCUGUGCUGCCACCCUCAGACUAGAGGCCUGACAUUGUGUUCACAUAGACUGGCUGCUGCCUCAGCACCCGUGCCUCUCCCGUCCUCUGGUGAUGACAACAUUCUAUUUGUAUUUAAAUGACAGACUUUUCUUGAGUUUGUACAGCCACACAUUUUUAGUAUAUUUUCACAUUAAUAUAUUUAUUGUUGCUGUAAAUGUUUUACAAUAGUACUACUCUGUUGUUUUUAGUGUAACCAUUAAAACAUAUUUAUUUUGAAAAUACCUUGAUUUUUCUUAUUAAAUGUCAACUAGUUUGAAAGCA